GUAUAGCAUGCUAUCAUCCAUUCGAUCCUUCACCACUCUCACUCUAUAAAACUCCUCCGGAAUCCAUUUUCCGACCUCAGAGGCUCAACUCAUUCCACACAGAAGAAAAUGGGCACCAUCUUCGGCAAGAUCGACGUCGAGACGCCGAAAUUCGAACUCCUCCACUCCUCCCCUGACUACGAGAUCCGCAAAUACCCGCCGUCGAUCGUAGCUCAAGUCACCUACUCCCCGUCCCAGCUCCGCGGCAACCGCGACGGCGGUUUCACCAUCCUUGCCAACUACAUCGGCGCGCUCGGCCGACCACAAAACAAGAAACCAGAAAAGAUUGCGAUGACGGCCCCUGUCACAACCCAAACACCAAAGGACACCACCGAGAAGAUCGCAAUGACAGCACCUGUCAUAACACACGGAGCAAGCAACGGAGGAGAUGAGACGAUGGUGACGAUGCAGUUUGUUCUGCCGGCGAAGUAUCAGAAGGUCGAGGAGGCGCCGGCGCCGACAGAUGAAAGGGUGGUUAUAAGAGAGGAAGGGGAGAGGAAAUAUGGGGUGGUGAGAUUUGGUGGGGUGGCAACAGAUGAAGUGGUGAAGGAGAAGGUAGAGAAAUUGAAGAAGAGUUUGGAGAGAGAUGGGCAUGGAGUAAUUGGAGAGUUCUUGCUGGCAAGGUAUAAUCCUCCUUGGACACUGCCAGCUUUCAGGACUAAUGAGAUCAUGCUCCCCAUUGAAUGAAAUGGAAGCGGAUUUGAAAUAUGAAGUUUAUUAUUAUUAUUAUUAUU